AUGUUAGUGCUGUUUACGCUUUGUUUCAUAGUGUCGUCUGUGCUGGGAGCAGAAUUCACUUUGCCCGGAGAGUGUCCCAAUGUGAAGUUGCAAGAGAAUCUCGACUAUACAAAGUUUUCAGGGUUAUGGUAUAAUGUCGCCAGUUACGCAAGCGACGGCCGCCAGAUCUACGACUGCGCGACUCUUGACUUCCAAGAGGACAACAUGGGCUACAUCCUGAGGGAGACGUACGUCAACGAGGAACUGGGGAAUCGCACCCAGAAGUCCUACCUCGCUAGGGUAGAUCCGACCUUCGAUGCUGGGAACAAGGCUCAGUUUAUAGUGAGCCACGAGGAUGGAGAUAAAGUACUACAAUUCCCUUUCUUCAUACUAUCAACUGAUUACAAUGAAUAUGCCAUCGCUUACACGUGCAAGACUUUGAAGAAGAAACAAAGAACACAUUAUGUGUUCACCUGGGUCCUGGCACGCAAUAAGGACUUGCAAGGAGACACGUUGAAGGAAGUAGAGAGCGCACUCUCCAAAUACUCGGAGUUGGCGGAACACAGAAACUCUUUCGUAUUUAAGGAUUUCUCCGAAACCAGCUGCUCGUUCACCAACAAAUAUGAGGCGAACUUCUUCACCAGCAACUUCUGGUGA